AUGGCCGAUUCACAACAGCCCGCCGAGUUGAAGCAUGAGUCUUCAGACGCUGUCGACCUUGGCGCAAAUGAUGUCGAAGUCGCUGCCGCAGAUGCAGAGACACAAUCACCCGAUGCUCAACCAUCAGCCGAUUCCAAUGGUACCACGUCGGCUAAUCCUCUAGAUGGCCCCAAUGCACCGCCGGCUCAAGAUGAUCCAGACGGCGAGCAGGAGGAUGCCGAGAUGGGCGGCGUGGAAGAAGAUGCGAAAGUCGAGGACGUUGAUGCUGAAAAGGAUGGCGCCGAGGACUCUCAAGAUACUCCAGCCGCGACACAAGCCACAGACGGUCAGGCAGCACAGGCCAAAUCGAGCCUCGAAGCCGCAGCGAAUUCUCACCUCGUUGCGCAAACACAUCAAAUCAUCCUCCCCAGUUAUAGCACAUGGUUUGACAUGCACACGAUUCACGCCUUGGAGAAGAAGUCGCUUCCCGAGUUCUUCAACAGCCGAAACCGCAGCAAAACACCUGCUGUGUACAAGGACUACCGCGAUUUCAUGAUCAACACCUACCGCUUGAACCCUAUUGAGUAUCUUACAGUAACUGCGUGUCGAAGAAAUUUGGCCGGAGAUGUCUGCGCGAUCAUGCGAGUACAUGCUUUCCUAGAGCAAUGGGGUCUUAUUAACUAUCAGGUCGAUCCACAAACUCGCCCGGCUAAUAUUGGCCCUCCAUUCACAGGCCAUUUCAGAGUCACCGCAGACACGCCUCGAGGCUUGCAACCAUUCCAGCCAGCUCAAAAUACUUUCACCACCCCGGGAAAGCCACACCCUGCGACUGAUCGGGCAGCUUCAGCAACUCCUGCUACCAAGGCAGAUUUGAACCUUGAACUCAGACGGAAUGUCUACGACGAUAAAGGAAAGGAAGUCAAAAAGUCCGAAGAGCCUGAAAAGCAAACAAACGGCGAAGGGGCGACUGCGAACGGCUCCAGUUCAGGUGCCGCUACAACCAAGGCCAUGGAUGCAGCUGCCAGAGAGCCCAUCAAAAGCUUCAACUGCUUUUCGUGCGGGAUCGAUUGUACGCGAUGUCGCUUUCACUAUGCCAAAUCAGAUCCCGUUUCAGGCGCCACGAACUCCAACGAGCUUAAGUACGACCUUUGCCCGAACUGCUAUUUCCAGUCUCGAAUGCCGGCGAACCAUCGCUCGUCCGACUUUGUCAAGAUGGAAGAACCAGCGUAUUCACAUAUCCCCGACAAAAGUGCCGCCUGGACCGAUUCAGAAACUCUAUUGCUCCUGGAAGGUCUGGAGAAUUUCGACAAUGACUGGAACGAGAUUUCCAAACAUGUUGGUACACGAACUAGGGAAGAGUGUGUACUCAAGUUCUUGCAACUUGACAUUCAGGAUCAGUACCUCGAAGAUGGACCAUUGAACGGUUCGUCUGCUCUGAAGGCGUUGACAGGAAGGACCGCCAUUAGCGAACUGGACAAUCCCGUGAUGUCGGUAGUCAGUUUCCUUGCUCAAAUGGCGGACCCUGACGUGGUUGCCGCGGCAUCGAACCGUUCUAUUGCGGUCAUGCAGAAGCAACUGCGGGCACAGCUCGAAAAGGGCAUGGGAGGAGCCGAGCAAAGCACGUCGGGAGACGCGGAUAAGGGGCAAGUGAAAUCAGAAGACCAGAUGGAAGUCGACGAGUCUGCCCCAUCGAUCGAACAGCCAGCUGCUGAAGUCAAUGGGUCAUCGAAAGUCAUCAACGACAUCGCCACCACAGCACUGGCCACAACAGCUGCACGUGCCAGCGGUCUCGCCUCCCACGAGGAGAGAGAGAUCACGAGAAUGGUAUCGGCAGCCGUUAACCUGACACUCCAGAAGUUUGAGCUGAAAAUGGCACAAUUCGCGGAGAUGGAAGAAAUUGUACAAGCCGAACGCCGCGACCUUGAAAAGGGCAGACAACAACUCUUCUUGGAUCGACUGUCGUUCAAGAAGAGAAUGAAGGAGAUGGAGAACACGUUCCGUCAAGCCAGCCUGAAGGAUCCUCAAGAGGGGAUGCGCAUGAUGCAAGAAGCGGUCAGCACCAACUCGGGCCAGAAAUUUGGCUUCCAAGCAGAAGGCGACAAAGCUGAAGGUGUUAUCAGUUUUCCUGCGGAUUCAGCUGACACAAGGACGCUGGAGCUCUAA